GUCCAGGCUCGGCUGCGGCGUGGGGACCGAGAAGGGGCGGGGUGGGUCGGGACGGCAGUUUAAUUACGUCCCCGGGAACUGCGCCGAUUUGGACUUUGGGCACUUGGGCCUAUGCUUUAAAAAGAAAAAAAGUGUCAUUGGCGUGGAGUGGGGCUAGUGGAGGGUGAGGUGAAUGCGCCGUUUGGAAGCCACAGGACAGUGAACGUUUCGUCUCUCCCAGCGAGACUCUCCCGCGGGCCCGGCGGCCGCCUCAGGAGCCCGGCGGAAACAUGGCGGCGCCCGGAGCCCGGGGCCGCAGCCUCUCCGGCCUGCUCCCCGCGCAGACCUCGCUAGAGUACGCCCUGCUCGACGCCGUUACCCAGCAGGAGAAGGACAGCCUGGUCUACCAGUAUCUGCAGAAGGUGGACGGCUGGGAGCAGGACUUGUCAGUACCCGAGUUUCCGGAAGGAUUAGAAUGGCUGAACACAGAAGAACCUAUUUCUGUCUACAAGGAUCUAUGUGGAAAAAUAGUCGUCCUUGAUUUCUUCACCUACUGCUGCAUAAACUGUAUUCACCUAUUGCCUGAUCUCCAUGCAUUAGAACACACAUACUCUGAUAAAGAUGGUCUUCUCAUUAUUGGUGUUCACUCGGCUAAGUUUCCAAAUGAAAAAGUCCUGGAUAACAUUAAGAAUGCUGUUCUUCGAUACAACAUCACCCACCCUAUGGUUAAUGAUACAGAUGCCAGCCUUUGGCAAGAACUAGAAGUUUCCUGCUGGCCAACUCUAGUCAUACUUGGACCUCGCGGAAACAUGUUGUUUUCUUUGAUUGGAGAGGGACACAAAGAUAAAUUAUUUUUAUAUACUUCAAUUGCUUUAAAGUAUUACAAAGACAGGGGGCAGAUCAGAGAUAAUAAAAUUGGAAUAAAACUCUAUAAAGAUUCUUUGCCACCUUCACCAUUGCUAUUUCCUGGCAAAGUAACGGUAGACCAAGUUACUAAUAGAUUGGUAAUAGCAGACACUGGACAUCAUAGAAUUUUGGUCGUUUGGAAGAAUGGACAAAUUCAAUAUAGCAUUGGAGGACCCAACCCUGGAAGAAAAGAUGGAAUAUUUUCAGAAUCAACUUUUAAUUCUCCACAGGGUGUAGCCAUAAUGAAUAAUAUCAUAUAUGUGGCAGACACUGAAAACCACCUUAUAAGAAAGAUUGACUUAGAAGCUGAGAAGGUGAGCACUGUAGCUGGCAUUGGAAUUCAAGGUACAGAUAAAGAAGGUGGAGCAAAAGGAGAAAAACAACCCAUUAGUUCCCCUUGGGAUGUAGUUUUUGGAACAUCAGGUUCAGAGGUCCAAAGAGGUGACAUUUUGUGGAUAGCCAUGGCAGGGACUCAUCAGAUAUGGGCACUCCUACUGGACUCUGGCAAACUGCCAAAGAAAAAUGAGUUAACAAAAGGAACCUGCCUUAGGUUUGCUGGAAGUGGAAAUGAAGAGAAUCGUAACAACGCCUAUCCUCACAAGGCAGGUUUUGCCCAACCUUCAGGCCUUUCCUUGGCCUCUGAAGAUCCCUGGAGCUGCUUGUUUGUAGCAGAUAGUGAGAGCAGUACAGUGAGAACCGUUUCAUUGAAAGAUGGAGCAGUGAAGCACCUCGUAGGAGGAGAAAGAGACCCCAUGAAUUUAUUUGCUUUUGGUGACAUUGAUGGAGUAGGAAUCAAUGCAAAGCUUCAACACCCCCUUGGAGUAACAUGGGACAAAAAAAGGAAUUUACUUUAUGUGGCAGACUCCUACAAUCACAAGAUUAAAGUUGUGGAUCCAAAAACAAAAAACUGUACAACAUUAGCAGGAACUGGAGAUACAAAUAAUGUUACCAAUUCCAGUUUUACCGAGUCAACUUUUAAUGAACCAGGAGGCUUGUGUAUUGGAGAGAACGGACAAUUAUUAUAUGUAGCAGACACCAAUAAUCAUCAAAUUAAAGUGAUGGAUUUAGAAACUAAAAUGGUAUCGGUGCUCCCCAUCUUCAGAUCUGAAAAUGCUGUGGUAGAUGGCCCAUUCCUAGUAGAAAAACAGAAGACAUUACCCAAACUGCCUAAAUCUGCUCCAAGCAUUAGGCUUUCCCCCGUGACUGCAUGUGCUGGCCAGACUCUUCAGUUCAAACUCAGAUUAGAGCUCCCAUCAGGAUCAAAGCUAACUGAAGGAGUACCCAGUUGCUGGUUUCUAACAGCUGAAGGCAAUGAAUGGCUACUUCAAGGACAGAUACCAUCUGGAGAUAUAGAGAACAUUUCCAGUCAACCAACAAUUUCACUACAAAUUCCUGAUGAUUGCUUAUCACUUGAAGCCAUUGUAUCUAUCAGCGUGUUUCUUUAUUACUGUAGUGCAGACAGCAGUGCUUGCAUGAUGAAGGCAAUCUUGUUCAGUCAGCCUUUACAAAUAACGGAUACACAGCAAGGUUGCAUAGCUCCAGUAGAGCUCAGGUAUGUAUUUUAGCCAGCCAGCUAGCUAGCAACCCAUUGCCACCACCUACUGUCCCCCAUCCUGACUAUCACUGUAAUUUAAGGAAAGAAAACUUCAGUUCUGCCUCUGGAUACCAAGAUGCCCAUUGCUCAGUUCUAACAACUGAUAUUAAAAUAAAGCUAUGCUCCUUCUUUUAUUAUAAACAAAUUCCUUUGCUUUUGCUGAUACUAGCUGAGUCAUUGAUCAUCAUUGGAACCAUGAUAUUGUAAUCUAUGCUGCUAUUUGGCACAAGACUGAAGUUCACACUACAGUAGAGAAUACUAUAAGAUAAUUUGCAAUAAAUACCGAUAAUUAUAAUACCAGAUAUUUUAACUAACUUUUUCUACCUUUAUUAAUAGCAAUCAGCACACUUGAAUGUGUAAAUUUCACAGUAACUUUAGGCAGAACUUAAGCUCCAGUCCACAUUUGUAUAACACCAAGUAUUCAAGGCAUAAAGUCUGUUGUAAGCCAAAAAUAAGUCUUUCCAUCGCUGUAGAAGCUUAAGGAGUACAUCGGUGGUAAAUACGAUCUUUAUUCUCUUCUGUGGUUUUCUCAGUUGAGAUAUUUGUAAAAGAGAGUUUUGAUCUAUUUUUAUUAUAAAUUAUUUGUUAUUUAACAUACCAUUAUGAAUGCCUUAAAACUUUGUACAGAUAAAGUUGGACAUAGAAUCUCUAAAGACUGACUCCUUUACCUAUUUAUGAGUGACUACCUUACCAGAUAAUGAAUGAGUCCCCAGAAAUAUUAUGACUUUCAAGGAAAAAGGGACUUCAGGACACAUUACUUAGUGUCUGUGAUAAAUAAUUUAUUGUGACAGCUAAAUCUGAUGGUUAUGUAUCUUGUUUUGGAAAUGUACAUUUCACUUGUAAGCAUUAAAUGCAGAUUUGUUGAGUUUAGGUUUUGAGGUUUUUUUGUUCCCAUAUUCAGAAUUUAAAUUAUGAUCAUUUAUUGUGAUGUUUUUAAAAAUCACUUUUAAGCCUUAAAAGUGAAAUUUUCAGUGUGAGGUGCUUUCAUGCUGUUAAUAGAUACAGUAUAUCCUAAUAUAUUACUCUUCAAAAUAUUAAGGCCAAAACAGUGAUUUAAUGAUACUAUUUUUUAAUUUUUGUUGUUUUUUAACCCUAAAAAAAAGAUAUUGGAAAGGUUUUUUUUUCUAUUGUCAUAAUUUAUAACUACUUAAAAGCCUAAUCUUGUUUUCCUUAAUACCUAUUCAACAUGUUUGUGAUUUAAUCAGCUUACAAGAUUUUAAAAACAUCAGGUGAACCAUGUUUAUUUAUUCAAUAAAUAUUUAUAGGCAAUAUGGCA